GGGCAAGCCUCCAGCCGUCGCUCCAGUUCCCUCCUGUCUCCCGGUCCAACUCAACUCUUGCCUUUUCCCUGCUUCCAUCGUCUCCUGCUCCUCAACUGCUGCAGGAUACAGCGUGAGGGAGCCGCGCAGCGCCGACGCCAAUGAGCACUCGGGGCAGCAGCAGGGCGAUGUACACCGGCCUGAUCAUCCUGUUGCUCGCUGUCGGCGCAGGCAUCAACUUCGGCAACUGCGACGGAUUAUCCGGCCCACUCCUCAGCUUCGUGGGGGUUGUCGCCGGCGCCAACAUGAUCGCCGCCGGCGUCAGGACGGCCGACGACCCAGCAGCACCCAUCGACCCCGCGCCCGCAGCGUUCGCCGGUGCACGUGCGUUCAUGCGGCGCAACCUCGCCGUCGUGGGGCUCGUCAUGGUUUCCUCUGCUUCCACAGCGGUUGCGGGGGAGACAGGCCCGGCGUUCUCCUUCAUGAUGUUUGUCCUGCUGGUGUUCGGGGUCUCUCUGAUCAACAUCGGAGUUCAUGGCACCUAGUCUGGUGUGUCAGCUUCGGUCCGUUGGUGCUCGCAUCGUUCUUCGUACGUUGACGUUCCCCUCAACUAUCUGUCAGUAAUCGCCGCCUCUGUCCACGGAUGGUUUUCAAGUAACAGCAAUAAAGGAAAUGGAAUUGGAAUUGGAA